UUGUGUACUAUUUGGUGGUCUGUGUGUUUUUUGACACUUGGCGAUGCAAUUUGUCUAUGGUAAGUUGUGGUGCUGUGCCUUGCUGAGGCCUUGCUUGCUGAAAAAGAAACCGAAAUAGCAAAGAUUUUGUUUUUACAUUUGUGUCUAAACUUGAAUUGGUGCUGAUUUUAUUUAUCCAAUAUAACAAUACCCGUUUAUAUGAUUUUGGAAUCAUGAAUCAUUGCAUAAAUACAGCCACUUCAUAGCAAUCACAACAUUGCCAAUGGCUUGAGGCUCACAGGACACCAAACACAAACAUUGAAACCGCUAAAGCAUCCAGUAACGGGUUUUAUUGGAGCCAUGAACAAAAUGGCAAUAGGGAACGGCUCCGCAGAGAAUGGCAUGAACGGCGACGACGAGCGAGCGUCCGCGGGGAGCUACUGCAAGGACUACAUCCGCGGGCUGUGCGCGCGCGACGCCUGCCGCUACCUGCACGACCUGCCGCCCAGGCACCUGCUCAAGGAGAUGUUCCGCUUCUGCCACGACUUCCAGAACAAGGGCUGCUACCGGAACAACUGCAAGUUCAUCCACAGCUCGCGCGAGGACGAGGAUCAGUUCUACUGCACGGGGCAGUUCCCGCGCGACGUGCGCAGCGUGCCCGUGUGCCAGGCCUUCCUGCGCCAGGCCUGCGCCAGCCCCGACUGCAAGUACUUCCACCCGCCCGACCUGCCCGCCAGCGACACCCUCCCGGACAUGAACGUCCCACCGCCCCCCUUCUCACGACCCCCACCGCACAUCAGAGAUGAUGAUUCUCCUCCAGAAGCUAAGUUUAGAAGGUACACCUACGAAGAUAAUGUAAUUGAACUCAAUGGCCUCCCGCCUCUCCCCCCAUGCUCCAACUGUGACUCCCUCAACCAUAAAGUGAAAUUAUUACAUGACAACAUCAGUGUCCUGUUGAAGAAAGUUGCAGACUUAACAGAGAAGAAUCAGCAGCUGACAUCUAUGAAUGAGUUCUUACUGGAGCAAACCACAUCCAUGAGAAGUGAACAGUCUUGUGUAAUAACAUCCCGGCAUGGCACAUCAGCCCCUGUAUCCCUUGCCACUGUGAGUAUGACCCCAGUGGUCAGUUUGGCUGGAGCUCUGCCAACGCUAGUGCCGGCCAAUGGUGCUACCAACCUAACUCUAGCCCCAGCCGCAUCUCGGGCUCAAAUAAUUCCUACUCCACAAAUACUUACAGUGAGCACUACACAACAGUUAAUGGGUAAUUCUGGGACCCUCAUAGUGACCAGUGCAGGUGCUCAGCAGUUAAUGCAAGUGAGUGACUCAGGGAACCUGAUGGGAGGAGGUCAGACUGUGGUGGCAGUGACACCGGCGCAGUUGACGCUGGCUCCGCCGGGGCAGCAGCUCAUGAGCAGCGGGCCGCAGACCACGGUGGUGCAGCAGCAGUUGGUGCAGCCGCACCAGCACCCGGCGCCGCAGUUCACGCAGCAGCAGCACCUGCAGCAGUCCGCGCAGCACCUGGCGGCUCAGCAGUCUGCCCAGCACUUGGCGGUGCAGCAGUCCGCGCAGCACCUGGCGGACCUGCAGUCCUCGCAGCACCUGGCGCAGUCGCAGCAGCUGGUGCACCAGACCUCCACGCAGCAGAUCACCAUCUCCAGCACCAGCCAGCCCCUGCAGCUGCCCAACUCGCAGGCGCAGACCAUUACCUUCCCAAUCAUAUCUCAGAGCAUUUUGCCUCAUUAAAUUGAAUUUUAGUUGUGUGACAAUGAUAAAUACUUGCAUUAGUUGAGAAUGUUGAUCUUGCUAAUUUAUGUGAUAUUACUGGAUAAUUAAUGGUAGCUUGCUCUUAAUGAAUGUUAUUAAUUUAUGAUAGUUCAAGCAGGGACAUUGAUCAUUUUACGAGUAUGUAAUGUGUAAGGCAAAGUCCCUAUGCAAGUAUUGUAUACGAUAAUGUAUGUAAUAAUGAUACCAUGAGCCUGAUUUAAAAUGUUAUCAUUAUAACAGUAAUUUAAGUUAUGCACUAAGUAGUAAUUACUAUAGGUAUUUUUUUAGAAUAAAAUAAUCAGCUAUGACUAA